AUGGCAAGUCUUUGGAAUAAUAUAUCCAAUAGAAGCGAACCAUUGAAUAGCCUCGACAUACAGCCGUCCGGAUUUAAAAUAAUAGGCAUUUUUAUGUCUAUCUGUUGUAUAUUUGGUGUAUCCGGUAAUCUACUGAUUGUCAUCGUUUUUGGGAAAAGAAAGUCUGUCAGACGCCCUAUCAACUUCUUUGUCUUAAAUCUCGCAGUGAGUGAUCUCGUCGUGGCCCUCAUUGGUUACCCCAUGACUGCAGCCUCCGCUUUUGCAAACAGAUGGAUUUUUGAAAGCACUGGUUGCAAGGUAUAUGCCUUCAUAUGUUUCACCUCUGCCGUGAGCAGCAUCAUGACCCACGCAGCGCUCGCCUUCUGUCGUUACAUAAUCGUUUGCCAGUAUGGUUACCGUAAAAAGAUAACGGAGAUGACAGUCUUACAGCUGAUCUUUUCUAUCUGGUUUUUCGCCUUGUUCUGGACAUUAUCUCCACUUCUGGGAUGGUCAUCGUACGUUUUAGAAAUUGUGCCUGUGUCCUGUAGUGUGAACUGGUAUGGUCGUGGAGUCGGUGACCUCACGUACACUGUAGCUGUCAUAGUGGCAGUAUACGCAUUUCCUUUAAGUGUGAUUGCAUUCUCCUAUGGGAUGGUCCUGCGUGAGAAGCUAUGUAUCGCCAAUCGGAGAGAAGGACCUCGCACCCGUCAAUGUUACAUGCCCCGAUACGUACAAGACCUUGAGCAACGUGUGACGUUCAUCAGCUUCUUGAUGAUGUCGGCGUUCUUCAUUGCGUGGACGCCAUACGCAAUUAUGUCCGGCAUGAGUGUUGCUAGUUUCAACUUUAAGCACGCGGUUGCGGCACUUCCAACGUUAUUCGCCAAAGCUUCAUGUGCGUACAAUCCUUUCAUAUAUUCCUUUACCAACUCGACAUUCAGGGAUACCUUGAAAGAGAUUAUGGCCCCCUGGACAAGACGCAGAGUGGGCGUAGCAGCGGUAGCGUGGCCCCGAGUGACAUAUUAUCAACAGCGUCGUCCCAAUAGCGUUGUAUACACCUUGGGCAUCGAUUUCCCAGAUGAAAAUUUAUUUAUGGCUAGUUCUGCCAUGACAGAUUCGGCACAUGAACGUAUAAGAAGAAUACGAGCAAGUCCUAGAACUUCCAAACAAAACGUUAGAAUUGAACCUCGUGAUCCUGUGGCCAUUCCCGCUAGGACAUACAACAUUGAUUUCUCUGUAAUCUGAUAGAGCUUAUUGAUAUAGGAGACAUCAUUCACAGGGUUUGGGUACUUAACCUUUUGGCGUCACAACUAUCGCACCACAACAGAAAUGUCAAAACAUGUACAGAGAUUUAAUGAACAAUCAACUGCUCAACACGGUUUGAUUUUCAGGUUAGGGUUCAGUGUUUUAGUGAGUUCCUGCGUUGUCAUUGUAAUGUGACCGGAUGUGUGUCCUGCUGGGUGUAUUCAACUGUGUGCUUCAGUGAGGUAGAACAGAUCAAUUGGAAAUUUGAAAACAGUACUAACCGUACAUGGACAGAGUAGUUCCGUACCUUUCAACGACACCAAUAUUAAAUUCCAUAACACUUUAUUAUCUCCAAUCAGCCGGGCAAAUUCUGAUUGUUUUUCUUUUUCAUUUCAGUACACAUUAUUAUGUUUCGGUAAGUAUCAUACCACUCUUCCAUUUCCACGUGUUUAAGGGCGCCUUGGCCUACUUACAACGGCACAGUUAAGACAAUUUUGGCAAACUCGUAAGUGACCAUGAUUUAAAAUUUUGAAAUUGAGAAACCUUUUCGGGGUCCUAGUGUCUUAAUUCCUAAGGAAUUCUGAUCACACAUAUAUCAAAGAUUAUGCUUUAUUUGACGGGUUUGAUGUACAACUUCGGCGCUCUUAUAACACUAUUACUGGGGAGAUUUCGAUCAAAUUUUUUACUAUUUUCGUUAGUGAACUACAGCAACUCGUAUUGAUAGUCGUUUGCGGAAAUUAAUUUUCCUACUUCGGGUGGAAGUUAUACUUUCAAAUAGUUUGUCUUUUGGUUAUCUUUGGACAUUUUAAUUUUUACAAUUUUAGAAAAAUACAAGUUUACCGUUUACUUUCCUUUUAUAGCAAUAAAUCAUGUCCGUUGAGGUUAACAUGCAUUGUCUACGUGCAUGUACAAAUUUUGUCUCAGUUUAGAUACGACUGAAAUGACACAGACCGGCGGUAAUGUGACUACUGCAUGUGCUAUCUAUAGCAUAGCUUGUUUCCUAGUAAUGAGCAUUUUUGUGCAAUGACAUCGCGUGUGAAGUUAAGCAUCUUAUUCAGAGAUAAUUAUAUUUAUGAGUUCAUAUGAUCUCUGCAAUCGUCAUACCUGUUCUGAUGGUAAAGUUGCAGACAGCCGAAUCGGUGUGGAGUGUAAUAUAAAGCCUCGCAAAAUCCAUAAGACUUCGCUAGCAAAUCGUAUCUAGGAAAUUACGCACGUCACAAAUAAUGAAACCGACGAGUUAAAAAUCGUUAAGCAUUGCCGGAUUUUAGUCUAUUUAAGGAUGAACAUGACAAGAGACAUUUAUAUAGUCCUGAUACGUUAAAAGACAACGAUAUGAGGCCAGUCACCUUUUUCUAAUGCGAUGUAACCAACGGUCAUUUUUAUAGCAAAAGCACACAGAUAUAUACAUACAUACUGUGUUAUAGCCUAACAAGACUUGUUAGGAAGAGUGCGUUCUUUUGUCCUCCAUCAAGAGAAAAUCGCCAAGAAUCCACGCGAUUUUGCUGGAAUCACCUGCUGUUGAUCCUGUAAUUUCUGCUUUCCGUUUAUUAAACAUUUAUCGGAGUAUGUUAAUUUUGUUUGGUCUAAACGGUGAUAACAUAACGGAUGGUCUUCUGAAAGACUGGUCUUUUCUCUUCUUUCCUCUUCCUUUUAAUCGUUUGAUAAUAAGCGGAAACAACGUAAUUAUGAAAGAGAAGAAAGAUCAAAGAAGAACUUCCUGACAAAUUUCAGCUGUUAAGAUUCGAGAAGGACCUCUUAUCGGCCAUUUUAUUGUCCAAGUCAUACUCGAUAUCGAACGGACAUAACUAGACUUUCACAACAAGGGGUCUAAAUAGUGAUUUUGCUAUAAAAAGUAAGUAAUGGUAUGCCUGUAGGUGGGAGACACCAAACUCAAACCAAGUUAUAAUGAAAUGAACAGAAUGAGUAGACUGGUAUACUAGUCUGGGGUGUAAUAUUGUAUACGUCAUAGAAAGAAAUGCAUAUGAUAUAGUUCAUUGUACUUGUUUUUUGGGGAGCAAUGGCGAUUCCUUCACCUGUCCUUAUUCUUUGAAAAUAGCAAUG